AAAUAUAAAUAGAUAAAAAUAAUAGUAUUGAUGCAAGAGAGAUUGUAAAGCAGAGAAGUGGGAGGGAAAACAGGAGAAUAACGCAGCAGAGAAGAGAGUGUGAAUUAGGUCUUAUUCUUCUUCCAACAAGAUGAGUACCAUGAAGUUUUGUCGUGAAUGUAACAACAUUCUGUACCCUAAGGAAGACAGAGAGCAGAAGAUUCUUCUCUAUGCUUGCCGUAAUUGCGAUCACCAGGAGGCAGCUGAUAACUUCUGUGUCUACAGAAAUGAGAUUCAUCACUCUGUCGCUGAGCGCACUCAAGUGUUGCAGGAUGUAGCUGCAGAUCCAACACUUCCUCGCACCAAAGCCGUUCGCUGCGUUCAAUGCAAUCAUGGUGAAGCUGUGUUUUUCCAGGCAACUGCCAGAGGCGAGGAAGGAAUGACACUUUUCUUUGUUUGCUGCAACCCAAACUGUGGACACCGCUGGAGAGACUGAGUUUCGUGCCUGCCCAAAUCAAGGUUCAACUCAACUGUUGGGGGAAAUCGAACUCAUUAUGUUGUCCACUCUAGAAUAGAAGAGAAAAGUUGUAGUUAUUAAAAAUCAAGUGAUGUGGAGAAGACCUGUUUUAACACAGAUUAGAGAAUUAUGUGUGCUACCUGUUUUAACUAUAGCUGUCGAUCAAAUGAUUAAUGGACAAAUCCUUGCUGGUCGUCGUGCUGAAAUUUUUAUGGAUGGCCCUGAAUUUCUUUGGUUUGUUAACUUGAGGGAUGGGGAAAUGUGGAAUCAAAAUGGCCAUUUUUGUGUUUGCUUUGAGAUAGUAUUUGUUUAAA